AUUCAAACCCAAAAAGUCACACCUGUGUCCUGUGCGCGGGUGCUGCAGGCUUAGGUGGAGAAAAGCAGGGCUAGAAUUGGAACCCAAAGCCCAGAAUGGCAGGAGAGGAUGUGGGGGCUCCACCCGAUCACCUCUGGGUUCACCAAGAGGGUAUCUACCGCGACGAAUACCAGCGCACGUGGGUGGCCGUCGUGGAAGAGGAGACGAGUUUCCUAAGGGCACGAGUCCAGCAAGUUCAGGUUCCCUUAGGUGACCCAGCUAGGCCAAGUCACCUUCUUACCUCCCAGCUACCUCUCAUGUGGCAACUCUACCCUGAGGAACGCUACAUGGAUAACAACUCUCGCUUGUGGCAGAUUCAGCAUCAUUUAAUGGUCAGGGGAGUACAGGAGCUGUUGCUUAAGCUUUUGCCUGAUGAUUAACCUGGUGCUGGGAUUCUAGGAAGAUAUGCUCCUCUGUUCUGUUCAGUAUAUGGCAAUCACUUCAUCCACCACUGCAGUGCACCCACCUGUGGGCCUGUGGGGAGGGAGUGGGUUGAAAAACUGCUCAAGAACACAGAAGCUUAGGAAGGGUCAUGAAGAACACCACAAAUGGAACUGCAGAGAGGGGGUUA